CUCCUACUACCAAAAAAAAAUCGUCUCUGGUUCUCUUUCUUUGUUAACAAACCCAUCGAAAGAAUUGAUCAAUGGAAUGAAACUUUAUUCCUCUUCUUCCUCUAAACUCUUUGGUCAAUUCCUUCUUCUUUCAAUUCGAUUGUGUGCUAAGAUCCAUCUUGGGGUAUAAUCAGAAUCUUGUUGCCCCGGAUCUGGACUGGCAUCAUCAUCGACAUCCUUCUCUUUCUUCAAUUCGGUAAGAGUUCUUCGAGCAGACUCUAGAUUCGGUUUAAACCAAUUGUUUUUUUGUUGUCGUGUUCUUGCUCUCAAUUUCUGGGUAACCAAGUUUGAGCUUAUUCCUUUUGAUUCUGCUCGGAUCUCUGAUUCUUUUAGUGCAAGACGACAAGUGAUGAAAAGACAGAGACAAAGGCUUCAAGUUUGUUGAUAACCCUGUCUAAAGAGUUACCUUGAGAGAUUCUGACAUAACAGGAAAAAAAGUUAAAAUACUCAACACUUGCUUGGAAUUUAAAACCCUUAAAAUAGUUUUUUAGUGAUUUGGUUUUGAAAAUUUUCUAUUUCUUUUGCAGGUCAUAAGAAGAAAAGACUUUAUUAGUCUGUCUCUAUGGAUACAGAUCUGAUCAGCAGUCUACCCGAUGAUGUUCUUGGCAAAAUCCUGUCUUUAGUUCCGACAAAGCUUGCUGCUGCAACGUCGGUUCUGUCCAAGAGGUGGAGGAAUCUGCUUCCUCUUGUAGAUAGCCUCGAUUUUGAUGAAUCCAUGCUUUUUUAUCCCGACAACAAAGACGGAGAAGACGAAGCAUCUAGUGACGAGAGUGGUCUACGUCGACGUCAUCGCUUCUCUCAUUUCGUGGACAAAACGCUUGCUCUGUUAAACAAUGCUCCGCUUAUCAAGAAAUUCUCUCUGAAAUGCUUUUAUGAAAAUGAUGAAGCUCGUAUCAACAGUUGGAUUCGCACCGCUCUAGAACGUGGCUGCUUGGAGCUAAAAUUAGAGGCAGCCAAUUAUCUAUGUAUAGAUUCUCAGUAUUUCACUAGCAACACACUGGUUAAACUCACCAUUUCCGAUGGAUUUUAUCCUGAAGGCCAUCUUCCUUUUGGGGGUGUGUUUUUCCCUGCGCUCAAAACACUUACUCUCGUUGAAGUUUCGUUUGCAAGUCGUGACAUGCUUGAAUUCUUCAUCCAUGGAUGCCCUGCGCUUGAGGAAUUAUUCCUAUGCGUUUGGAUGCAAUACUUGUCAAGUCCAAAUGUCAAGCGAGUUACCAUCACUAGUGAUUUUGAUGAUAAUGUUUACCAACUUCCUAGCAUUAGGAUUAAGACACCGAGUCUUAUGUACCUUGACUACUCGAGUUAUGUCGCGGGAGAUUAUUAUGUUGUUUUGGAUUCGCUAGUCGAAGCUAGACUGGAUCUUCGAUUAUAUGAGUCAAUCAUCUAUGAUGAUGAUGGUUCAUUGUGGAAUGAAGAAGUUUUUGGCAAUGUUACGAAUCUGAUUGAGGGGAUCAGAACCAUUAAGAGCCUUCACUUGUCUCCUAAUUCUCUAGAGGUGUUUUACUUUUGUUGUGAUUCGGAUUUCAUGCCGGUGUUGGAAGAUCUCGUUAAUUUAGCUAUCGAAAGUGACAAGGAAAAAGGCUGGGAAGUAAUGCCAAGCCUGCUCAACAAGUCCCCAAAUCUACAAACUUUAGUCAUCAAGGGUCUUGUGCACAGAGUUACAGAUUGUUGUGGAGACGCGUGCGCUUGCAUCCGUAUGAAGGACAGGGAGAUAGUAUCCUGUUUGUCGAGGUGUCGAGUGAAGGUGCUUGAGAUUCUUGGGUACGGAGGAAGUUUUAGAGAGCUGAAACAGAUGAGGCAUUUCUUGGGGAAGUUGAGAUGUCUUGAAACUGUGAAAGUUGGCGUUAAAGAGGACAGCAAAAAGAGUAACUACUUGGUAGCUAAUGUAAUGGCUCUCCCCAGAGUUUCAUCAAAAUGCAAAAUUCAGUUCAUCUGAUUUUUCCCUCUUUCUCUUUCUCUCUCGUGGUUAUGCAUUUGUUUUAUAGUUUAAAGUUUAGAAAUUUGUUUUUGCAAAAGCAUAUAUGCAUUCUUUUCAAAAUUUCGUUUAAAAAAGAUGAUCUAGAGAAACAGUAAUUAUGAUA